GAAACCCUAGAAUCCUUUUUCUUCUUAUUUCUUUGCAAAACAUAAUCCCCAUCAAGAUUUAUGGAGGCUAGUUCUUCUUCACGAAGUGUGGGUUCGAUCAGAUCUGGAGAGUUUAGCAUGAUUGAAAUGAAAAGUGAGAAUUUCAUUGUUUUUCUGGAGCUAUUGCACCGAGCAUGAUUGGUUUGAAAUGAAACUGUCUUCAUUGGUAUUGAGUAGAGCAUGCCUAUUUGGAAUUGACUGAACUGUUUUGAUGAACUGAGAGUUUGCAAAUUCUGAGUUUUCUGAUAAAUCCAUGCCCACAUGGAAUCUUUCUGGUUAUUUCUGAAAUUGGGAUUGAUUGUGAAAUUCGGGUUUUCUGUAAACUAUGCAUGGUUUUGUCUCGAAUAUAGUCAUGAUUACUGAUUACUGUGCCCGCUAGUGGGAGGUUUAUAAACGCUAGCACAUGUCGACAUGUUUACUGAUAGAACCAGUUCACCCUACCAAUGGGGUUAAACAUUGGUAAUUACUGUCGCCUGCCAGUGGGAGUUGUAAACACUGGCACAUUAUUGACGCCUGCCAGUGGGAGUUGUUAAACACUGGCACUUCUGUAACCUUGCCUAUGGGGUUAAACAUUGGCAACUACUGUGCCCGCCAGUGGGAGGUUUAUAAACGCUGGCCAUGACUUAUAGAUGAGAAUACUGAACUGAGUUUUCUUCUGCAUUGACGGCAUGCUAAAGUUUUACCCAAGGGCUAUCCAUAUUUACUUACUGAGUUAUCUCAUAGUUUUCCUUGUCCACCAUUUCAGGAAGCGAAACCGAGGAUGGGGAAACCGAGGGGAGUGAUGAGUUAGAAGGCUAGCCAUUUUGAGAUUGAUAUAGAUUUAGAAAUAAAUCAUGCUCUUGCAAGCUAGAGUGUAUUUGGAGAUUUAUGAUAUCAGAGCAGAUUGUAAAAUUUUAUCUUGAGAUUUUAUGGUAUCGGAUUGUGAUUUGAAUAAGUUUUGAUCCUUGUG